UGGAGCCUGCAGCGACGCCCCCGGCGCUGGCACAAAGGCUCCGACGGCGACCGGCGGGGACUGCCGAGCGCGCGGGAGCCGGCGCCAGAGGUCGCCUGCGCGCGCCCUAGCCGAGCCCCGGGCACCAUGCCGCGGCGUCUGCAGCCCCGGGGCGCGGGCACAAAAGGGCCGCCUGCCACAGCGGUGGCAGCUCCAGGGACCGCCCGGCAGUCCCAUCCCGCUGCCUCCGGGGACCCCCCCGCGUCGGCCAAGCCGCUGCUGCGUUGGGAUGAGGUGCCCGAUGACUUCGUGGAGUGCUUCAUCCUGUCCGGCUACCGGCGCCUGCCAUGUACGGCGCAGGAGUGCCUGGCCUCGGUGCUGAAGCCCACCAACGAGACGCUCAACUUCUGGACGCACUUCAUCCCGCUGCUGCUGUUCCUGAGCAAGUUCUGUCGCCUGUUCUUUCUGAGUGGCCGCGAGGUGCCCUUCCACCACCCCUGGCUGCUGCCGCUGUGGUGCUACGCGUCGGGAGUGCUGUUGACCUUCGCCAUGAGCUGCACGGCGCACGUGUUCAGCUGCCUGUCUCUGCGCCUGCGCGCUGCCUUCUUCUACCUGGACUACGCAUCCAUCAGCUACUAUGGCUUCGGUAGCACGGUGGCCUACUACUACUACCUGCUGCCCGGCCUGAGCUUGCUGGACGCCAGAGUCAUGACCCCCUACGUGCAGCAGCGCCUGGGCUGGCACGUGGACUGCACGCGCCUCAUCGCCGCCUACCGCGCGCUCGUGCUGCCCGUGGCCUUCGUGCUGGCCGUGGCCUGCACCGUGGCCUGCUGCAAGAGCCGCACCGACUGGUGCGCCUACCCGUUCGCCUUGCGCACCUUCGUCUUCGUCAUGCCGCUCAGCAUGGCCUGUCCCAUCAUGCUGGAGAGCUGGCUCUUCGACCUGCGUGGGGAGAACCCCACGCUCUUCGUGCACUUCUACCGCCGCUACUUCUGGCUGGUGGUGGCCGCCUUCUUCAAUGUUAGCAAGAUCCCCGAGCGCAUCCAGCCGGGCCUCUUUGACAUCAUCGGCCACAGCCACCAGCUCUUCCACAUCUUCACCUUCCUCAGCAUCUACGACCAGGUGUACUACGUGGAGGAGGGCCUGCGCCAGUUCCUCCAGGCGCCGCCCGCCGCGCCCACCUUCUCGGGCACCGUGGGCUACAUGCUGCUGCUGGUCGUCUGCCUAGGGUUGGUCAUCAGGAAGUUCCUAAACAGCUCGGAAUUCUGCAGUAAGAAGUGAGCCUGCCACCACUGCCACCAAGGAGGAAAAACGAGGAGGAGGAGGAGAAGGAGGCUCCUGCUGGUUUGCCCACCUGUUUGGAGUUUCUGUUGUUGGUUUGUUUUCAGGUUUUGUUGUGUUUCCUUCUAUGCUAGAGAAGUAGAGAAGGAUGCUGCAAAGCCACAAGGGGGGAAAGGAAGUUCAUUGCGACCAGGGAGGAUUAAUUCCCAGUCCACUUGGGGCUUUGGAAGAGGGAGAUGGGAUCCCGCAGGAGGAAGGGGCCUGCUGGUUCUUGGCCCUGGGAAAAAUAUGCAGGUAGUGUCGGUGAUGUCCAGGGAUUUUACAAAGGCAGCGAAUAAAGUCCCAAAUAAAGCCCCAAACAGUUGGCUAUUCUAAUGGUCUUCUGUGUCGGCGAUAGUAACAGGUAGCCCUCCAGAGGUUAGGUAUGUUGUAUAGUGGAUAGACAAAAUCUCUGGGUAUUCCCAUUUUAGCCUGAGGAAUGUCUGGAUUUGUGAAAAGAAUGGAGCUUUGUAGAAAAUGGGGCACAAAGACACAGACCCAAGGGCUUAACCUGCUAGAGUGCAUGGAAUGUAAACAGGAG